AUGCCGAAGCCCCGUCGUGAGUCUGCGGCGAGGGCCGACACACGUCCUGCAUUCAGUCGCCCCCCAAACUCGCGGCCGACUCCUGCGCCCCGUCAGGCACGGAGUGGAGAAGACGAAGACGACUACUAUGAGCCACGAACACCGAAAAGAGCGCCGAAGGAAAAGGCGAAAGCCUCUCCAGUGCCUUCUCCGUCGCCCGAGAAGAAACUGCGCCGACCGAGUGACCGCUACCAGACUUCGAGCGGGGUGAGAGACAGUCCAAAAAGAGAGCAGCGAAAAGAUCGAGCAAAGUACAGCUCUGGCGCGUCCACAAACAGCUCGAGUCAGUUGUUGAGCAGCGAUGCUCUGGCCAAACUGAAUGCGUACAACCAACGAGUGGAGUUUGAAGAAAAGUACGAAGAGCGCAAACGCAACAAGAAGAAACAGAAGCAGUACAAGAACCUCAAGGCAGCAGAGGCGACUCAGCAACGAAAGAAAAAACAAAAAAACAGGAAUGUCAGUGGUGCCAUAUUAGAGGAAGGGAGGGCGGGCGAGAAGCACAGACGCGCGCAUGGACGUGGCGGUGGGUAUGGCAAAGAAUACGAGGUUCACAAGCGAUCAGGCACAGACCAGAGGAGGCGGAAGAAGAAAUUCUGGUGGCUGUUGAUCUUGUUCGUCGUGUUGCUGGCUAUCUUCAUCCCCGUGGCUGUCGUGGUGAGCAACAAUAGCAAGAAAUCGGGAGGAGGAUCGUCUUCCUCUUCUUCGUCGACGACAACCGGCGGCUCAUCAGGCAUCAGCAAUGACUGCGACUCGAGCUUGAUUCCCGAAAGCGCAAAGGGCACCUACACCGAUAUCUCCACCUGGAUGGACACGACGGAUUUCAAUUGUACAUACACCGCCGAGACGGUUGGUGGGUUGUCAGUCAUGGGCCUCCACUCGAGUUGGGAUGAUUCCACCAAAGCCAACGACAACGUCCCUGCUCUGAACGAAAAAUGGGAGUAUGGAAAGAUGCCGAUCCGAGGCGUUAACAUAGGCGGCUGGCUCUCACUAGAACCCUUCAUCACCCCUUCUAUGUUCAACUAUCCUGCCUCCGCUGCUGUGGUCGACGAAUGGACACUGUCCCAGAAGCUUGGGCCGUCAUCAGCACAGCGCGUCAUUGAGACACACUACGCAACUUUCAUCACAAAACAAAGCUUCAUUGAUAUCAAGAAUGCAGGCUUGGACCACGUAAGGAUACCUUUCCCUUACUGGUCGGUCACAACUUACGAUGGCGAUCCAUACGUGCCCAAGGUUGCCUGGCGAUACCUCUUGCGAGCGAUCGAGUAUUGCCGAGAGAAUGGCUUGAGAGUGAACCUCGAUCUGCAUUCCGUCCCGGGAAGUCAGAAUGGAUGGGCUCACAGUGGUCACCAGGGAGAUAUUGGUUGGAUCCUGGGCCCUGAUGGCGCCACCAAUGCCCAGCGGUCACUGGAUAUCCACAACCAAUUGUCCCAGUUCUUUGCUCAGGAUCGGUACAAGAACGUGGUGACCAUCUAUGGUUUAGUCAACGAACCAAAGAUGUUGGUAAUUCCACCUCAGUCUGUGCUUGACUGGAACCAAAAGGCCAUUGCAAUCGUGCGAGGGAACGGCAUCAAGCAGCGGAUCGUCUUCGGUGACGGCUUCCUUAGCCUGGAUACCUGGGACGACAUGUUCCACGGCGUCGACGACAACCUUGUCAUGGAUACCCACCAAUACCAAAUCUUCAACACAGGACAACUGAAGUUGAAACACCAAGACAAGAUCAACCUCGCAUGUUCAGGCUGGACUGGGUUAAUGGUUGCCGCCAAUAACCCUCAAACCGGAUGGGGUCCAACUCUGGACGGCGAGUGGUCCCAAGCGGAUACUGAUUGUACACCAAAUCUGAACAACGUAGGCGUAGGCUCCAGGUGGGCUGGUACGCUCGACACUGGCGAUCCAGAAACAUCAGUGCUCACACCCACCUGUGCCGAGCCGCCUUGUUCAUGUGCACAAGCCAAUGCUGACCCAAGCGAGUACAGCGCUGCUUACAAGCAGUUUCUGCAGAUGUACGCCGAGGCCCAAAUGCACAGCUUUGAACAGGCCUGGGGCUGGUUCUAUUGGACUUGGAAAACCGAGAACGCUGUACAGUGGAGUUGGAUGUUGGGCUUGCAGGCUGGUAUAUUGCCGGAAAAAGCGUACGCCCCAUCUUUCAAAUGUGAUUCUGAAGUCCCUGAUUUUGGCGACCUGCCUGAGAGUUAUUGA